CCCGAAUCCCCCUUCUCCUCUUCCCCACCCACCCCAACCCACGCGCCCCCAUUUCUCCUCCAUCUGCAUCUCGUGCGGCGCUGACAAUUCAUCGCUCGCAUGGAGUGCGACGGCAUGAACUCCGUCCCCGAGGGCGUCCUGCAGCACAUCCUGUCGACGCUCAACAACGCCCGCGACGUGGCGGCGUGUGCCUGCGUCUGCCGCAGCUGGCGGGAUUGCGUCCCCUUCCUCCAGGCGCUCUUCUUCUCGCGGAACGCCUUCGACGCGUCCGCUGUGGGCGCGGAUGAGGCCAUCGGCCGGAUGGUGGCCGCUGCCACGCGGCUCAGGGAGCUGACCAUCUACUGCCGCUUCUCCAUCGGUAGCCUCCCCGCCUGGCUCGCCACGCGGAGCGACUCGCUUCGGGUGCUCGAGUUGCGGAUGGACGCGGCGGCCGACAAGCCGGCGGACGGCGGCCUUGGUUGUAUCCCCCUGGCGACGGGCCUAGAGGAGCUGAGGCUCUGGGGCGUCUCGCUGAUGACCGCGCCGGCAUGGGGGCGGCUGGAGCGACUCCGCGUGCUGGAGAUCGUUGGCUCGUCGCUGCAGGAUAGCGCGGUCACGGACGCCCUCGCCGCGUGCCCCUACCUCACCGACCUAUCGUUGCUUGGCUGCGACUGCUCUGGCGAGGUAUCCAUCGAGCUAUCCCUGCUCCAGCGCUGCCGGCUCGAUUUCCUUGCCGGCGGCAACUGCUCGCUCUCGCUCUCCGCGCCCCGCGUUGAGUCCCUAGAAGUCCAGGGUUUCUCCUGGAUCACACUGCAGGGUGGCCACAGCCUCCGUCGUCUCUCGAUCGCCAAGAGCAUGGGGAGGGUGUAUAAGGUGUCCACUGGGAAGCUCCCAGAUCUGGAAUACCUUUCUAUGCGUGGCGUCCAGUGGAGCUGGGCUGCCAUCAGCUCGGUGCUGCAGUGUGCGAGCGAGGUGAAGCACCUGGUUAUGAAAAUUGAGUUCAGCGGUGACUUUGAUGUGCUCCAGCCGUUCCCAGAGGUUGAUUUGGUCGAGUUCUUCAACUGCCACACCAAGCUCCGCAAGUUUGAGAUUCAUGGUGCUAUGUUUGCUGCACUAUGCCAGAAAAAUAGCCUGAAAAACUUGGAUUCAAGAUUCUACAUCCCUUCCUUGGAAGAAGUUUUGAUCACUGUCAGGUCGCCUCUCAAUGCUGAACAGAAGCUGAACACUCUUGAAUCCCUUAUGAAGUACAGUGUCAAGCUGCGGUCAAUGGUCAUCAGAAUCUCCCAGAUGAAGAAUUGCCAUGAUGUUGCUGAUGAUUUCUUUGAGGAGAUAUGUAAGUUCAAGCACAUAAACUACAAGAAAGUGCGUAUUGAGUAACGGGAGAUGCUGUGAUUCAUUCUUCAAUUUAAUUUGAUAAAGGACAUCAUUCUUUUUACCAUAUUCCCUGAUUCCAAUUGUUGUCAUUAUUGGCGGAUGCCUGUUUACCCCUCCUGAAUAAUUUAUCAAGUAAUGUUGUUUACUUGAUGUUCAUUUAGUCGGUAGUUUGAUGACUUGAGCUUGUUGACAAAUUUUGAUUGGGUUGCAUACCCUGAUUUAAAUUAUUGUCAUUGUUGAUGGAUGAUGCCUGUUUCAGUGGUCUUGAGUAAUUUAUGAUGUUAUAAUGUUUA